UGGCUUUAAAAAAUUAAGUGUAUAAAAUUAAGUGUACAAAGGGAAAAUCCUCUUUCUCUCUACCAAUCCACUGGCCUUCCUCGUCUGUCUUCUCCUUCGCAUCUCUCUCCUUCCAGGUAUCAACUUCCGAUCUGAAUUUGAUUCUGUAAUUUGGGGUCUUUCCAGUGAUAGGUUCAGUUUGUCAUAAUCCAGUGCUUCUGAUAUUGACAUGAUGGAAAUGGACACUAAGGCUGACAGUUUGGUUGGCCCAAGUAAAGUCAAAGACGGCUCGUCUGUUCAGAUAAAGGUGCUGUUCUUUGCCAAAGCUCGAGACAUAACAGGGUUGACUGAAUUAUCAUUGGAGGUUCCGUCAGGUAGUACUACACAGGAUUGUCUAAACCAGCUUGUUGCCAAGUUUCCCGACUUGGAAGAGAUUCGUGGGUGCAUCGUUCUUGCUCUCAACGAGGAGUAUACAACUGAGUCAGCUGUUGUUAAGGACAAAGAUGAGUUAGCCAUCAUACCUCCUAUAAGCGGUGGGUGAAUAUAUAUUUGUUUCAUAUUUUUUUACAAGAACUGAAAGCAUAAAAUUACUUCAAAUCUGUAUAAUGUUUAGUGGAGAACUUGAAUCUGCAACAUUUUUACAAGUGGUUCAUAUUAAUGGUUCAAUUUCAAUGCAAUUUGUUCGUUUAUAGGAUGGUGUUCUAUGGCAAACAGAAUAGUGCCUAGGCCUCUAGAUCAGGUAAGUGAAAAUAUCACGAGUCAAAAGCAUAAAUCAACUUGUAGAUCAUGACAUCCUAAUUGAACUCUAUAUCUUGCAUAAAGCAGACAUUGAAUUCAAAUAAGCUUUGCUCAAAUACAUAAACUUUGUAAUAGUCAAACUAGUGGAAGAGUUCAUUUGGAUAAUACCCCAAAUUAAAGUUGAUGCAAAUCUCUGC